AUGCGUUUCGACACCCCCAUCAGCCAGGUGGCUCUGGUCUCCCUGCUCGCCAGCGCAGCAGUUGCAGUGCCUCGCAACAUUCCUGCUCAGGCAGUGGAGGCUGAUCUCGUCGAGCGGGCUCCGGCCGGUGCCCUCUUGGUCGCCCCUACCACUCGUGUCGGUGGUUCUCUCAUUGUCUUGCCCGAAUUCCUGGCCACAUCGUCCGCUUUCUCGAAGUCUUCCAGCAAGACAAGUGCAAAGACGACCUCUUCCAGCAAGAAGAGCUCCUCGACAAGCAAGUCUUCGUCAAGCUCGGCCAAAAAGACUUCUUCAUCCUCAUCGGCCAAGACUACUUCGUCUGCAAAGAAGUCGUCGAGCAGCAGCAGCAGCAGCGUCAAGAAGUCUAGCAGCUCGUCCAAGGCAACCCCUUCUUCUGCAAAGUCUAGCAGUUCAGCAAAGAAGACCUCUUCGUCUUCAGUUUCGUCGAAGGCUAGCUCCUCCUCUUCGAAGGCUGGUCCUUCUACUACCAACAUUCCUGCCAAGGUUUCCAGUAUCCAGUCCAAGGUCUCAAGCGUCGAGUCCAAGGUCUCCUCAAAGGUCUCCAGUGUUGAGUCCAAGGUCUCCUCCAAGUUGGCCUCAAUUGCUUCCCAAGUCACUGCCCACAAGUCUUCUUCUGCUUCGUCUGCAAAGGCUAGCUCUAGCGCCUCUUCUUCAUCUUCGGCAUCUCAUUCUUCUUCUUCCUCUGCUAUGUCCUCCAGCUCUUCCAGCUCAUCGGUCAGCAAGUCUUCUUCCAGCUCCUCUGCUGUUUCUUCUUCGAGCAGCUCGACCCUCUCUUCCAGCUCAUCUUCGAGCAUUGCCAGCUCUUCCUCAGUCCAGAGCAGCUCUGCCUCAUCAAGCUCCUCUGCCACUCCCACCAGCUCCUUUGUCUCCAGCUCCAGCUCUUCAGCUCUUUCCUCUUCUUCAUCAUCAAGCUCGUUGAUCGAGUCUUCAUCCACUUCCUCAGCCUCGUUGACCGAGUCUUCUUCCUCUUCGUCAUCAUCUUCCUUCUCGUCAUCAGCCUCUCCUUCACCCACCCCUUCAUUCGCCGCAACCAACGGCACUCUCGCCACCAACGACAAAUUCGCCUCUUCGGUUAUUUCCUCUGUCGAGUCUCGCUUUUCUUCCGCUCUGGCAGCGAAGUCCAUCUCCAUGCCUUCCUUCUCUUCCUUCUCCACUCCCACCGGCUUUGGUACUAGCGUCCAGCCUAGUGCUACCAGUGCCUUUGUCAGCAAGGUGGAGAGUGUGAUUAGCAGUUACCUUUCUGAGAAGUCGAUUUCGGUUUCUUUGCCUACUACCACUGCUUCCGCUUCUGCUUAG